AGGGUUAGGAAAAAGAACUUGGAAAACAUCUGAUCCUUUAGUAUAUAAAGAUUGUGUGUUCUCCCUCAAAUCCCAUAUAAAAACCCUAAUUGAUUUUGUUGUUCCUUAAAUUUGUGGUUAGCUCUAGUUUCAAUUGUUCCCCAAUUUUGCUUUGAUUUGUGUGGUUGGAAGUCAAUCUUUCAUUCACUUUUUACUAUUUCACAUCCUUUCUCUAAUUGCUAGUUCAAUUCAUAGUUGAUAUAAGUUGUGUAGUUGAUAACAUGCUCCGUAACAAUUGAAUAAGGCCAUAUCAUCAUUGUGGAACUAAAAUUAUAAAAUCUAUUAAUUGUGGUGGUGCUAACUGCUAAGUCCAUUUGUAUAGCUGCUAUAGGUGAUGCUAUUUUGAAUUGUUAUUAUAGAUGGGGUUAUUAAAUUUUAGAUAUCAAGGAAUGACAUUAUCAGUGUUAAAAAAAAAGGAUGGCAUUAUCAUGCGUUGGAAUGGUUUUUCUUUGCUACUGCUAUAGGUGUUCUUGUUUUGAGUUGUGUUAUAGGUGGUGUUAUUUAAUUUUAGAUAGAUAUCGAGGAUUGAAAUUUUUUAGUGUUGGAUUGAUUCUGUUCUGCUAUCAGUUUUGGUUGGGUUGCCCUGCUAAACCAUAAGUUUUGGUUGAGGAUGGGGAUGAAGAAGAGAAGGAUAUGUUUUAAUUGUCAAUGAGUUUAUACUUUUUCUAUGCAAUUAGACUUGACUUUUUGUUUAGUUAAUGAAUUUGAUUUGAUACUCAUUAUUUUUUUUUCUAUAUAUAUUUUCAUUCCCUUUGUAUUUUAUGGUCAUCAUAUUGUUGCUAACUGUUGAUAUUUUAAGUUUACAUAAUUUAAAAAUUAUAUUUCUAUCAUUUGUUAUUCUAUGUCAAAAGCUAGUUCAAGUUUCUUUUAAUCACCCACUUGCUAAAUUGAAAGUAUUACAGCAAUGGGAAGGACGACGAGAAAAUUAAAUAUUGGGCGUCGCAUAUUAAAAGAAUCCAACCAAGGAAGUAAUGCUACUCAAACAACCUCUACUCAUGCCGAAGGAAGUAAUGUUGAAGAAACUCAUACAACUUCAACUGAUGCCCAAGGAAGUAGUGUUGGAGAAACUCUUAGAACCUCAAUUCAUGCCCAAGGAAGUGGUGUUGAAGAAACUCGCUCCAAUCCUAGUCAUAUGGAAGAUGAGACACACGAGUCUGAAGAUUCCCACUCCAUUCCUUCUGAUAUAGAAGCGGAAGAAGCUCAUAUUGAAAAAGAAGUUGAACCUAAAAAAAAAAGAGGCCCAACAAGAAUGUUAGAUGUAUGGGAUAUGGAUGAUGAUGAUGUCAUAAUUGUUAAUUUGGAUAAAUAUGGUCGACCCAUUGGUAAGGAAGGGGGAAUUCUUAAUCGUUUCAUAGGAAGUAUGGUUCGAAGGAAACAAUUUGCUCCCAUCAAAUACACAUCUUGGAAAGAGAUGCCCUUAAAGCAAAAAUCUGAUAUGUUGAAAAAAAUUGAGUCCAAAUUUGAGUUCAUUCCUCCUAUAAAUGACACAACAAGGGAAAUGUUGAAAUCUGAGUUGAACGACAAGUGGAAACAAUGGAAGACCGAUUUAAAAGGAAAGGCAUAUGAUCCAAGUAAAACAGAAGAAGAAGUUGCAUCUGUUGUACCAGAUAGUAGGGUUGAUCCCGAUCAAUGGAGAGAAUUGGUUCAUCAUUGGUUUUCUGAAAAAGCCCAAGAAGAACUAAAGAAACAUGAUAAUGAGGUUGAAACAUCUCAAUCGGUCCAAGAGAUACAAAGUCACAUGCCUUGGAUGGAUGAUAUAUAUUCCAAAGUACAAGGACCUGAAAAAAGAGGACCAGUGCGUUGUAUGGGCAAGAUUCCCAAACCCAAAAAAUUGAAAGCUUCUUUGUCCGAAAAUCAAGAGUUACGCGAUAAAGUUAAGCAAAUGCAAGAACAACAAAACAAUACAAAUGCGGUGUUGGUAAAUGUGUUGUCAUUGAUUCAAAAUCGAUUUUCUGGAGAAGAUGUGAAUGACAUUUUACGAGCUGCAAGACAGGUUACUGAUUCUUCUAGUUCCCCUAACCAAACGGAUUCUCCAAAUCCAUACACUAACGAAGAUUAAAGAGAGAAAACGUAUAUUGUGUUCUGGGUUCUUUGCUGUCCUGUUUGGCUGGUUUUGGGGGCUGCUACUAUCUAGUUGGAUUCCGUUGCAAGUCCGUUUCAGAUUAUUGUUUGGUAGGGAUGACAUACACAUGUAUUUUGGUGGUUGGUAGUUUUUCGAUUUGUAGUUUUAGGGUGAAUUACAAGCAAACAGUGGCUGUCAUGUUGCUUUCAAGUUGUACUAAUUUUAUUUAACUUUAAAAAAUUUGGUGCAAUUUCAAUUUUGGAGAUUUUUCUAGUUAA